AUGUUCCAAGAAUAUCGUCACUUAAUAAUCCGCCACGUUGAGCGGCAUCGACCCAAGACAGUGAUUCUCUCUUCAAAGGCCACACGUGCAAAUAUUAAGUGCGUGAAAAAAAAAACACGUGGGAGUGGGUUUUGCCGCUCGUCAUCGCUCGAAAUAUCAGCAGGCGGUGGCUCUGCCGCCAGGAAAAAUACAGAAAAAGGAAAGCGCAGAGCCUAAGAGAUUGCACUUCACACACACACACACACACAAACUCUCUGGAGGGGAGGGGAGGGGAGACCAAAAUAUCUGGAAGACCUGCCAAAUCAGGACACUGAGGAACUCCAAAAAGCGUCAGUCUUUCCCCUUUUAUCUUCUUUCUUCACUUGUAUCUCGUGCUACUGUUACAAAAGGUCAUCACAUUUCUCUCUCUCUCUCUCUCUCUCUCUCUGGGGCAAGCAGUUGGCAAGGUUGGAGGCUUUGGAUUUCCAGUAAACGAGCAGCUAUUAAGUUGCUGGGUGAAUGCUUGAUGUUGUAGGUGAAGCUGCACUCAGUUGCGAAAGAUUUUGAUAUCGAAAACUCUGUGGACAUGUUUCGCCUCUGGAGCACUUCUCAUCAGCAAGAGAACGAUCCCUUGAACCAUGACGCUAAGAUCAAUGAGCUGAAGGCUGCGAUUGGACCGCUAUCUGGACGCAGUUUGCAGUUCUGCACUGAUGCAUGCUUCAGGCGGUACUUGGAGGCGCGAAAUUGGAACCUUGACAAGGCGAAGAAAAUGUUGGAGGAAACACUCAAAUGGAGGUCAACCUAUAAGCCUGAGGAAAUCCGCUGGCGCGAAGUUGCAUGUGAAGGCGAGACUGGGAAAGUUUACAGAGCAAGUUUUCGCGAUCGUAGUGGGAGGACUGUUCUUAUACUGAGACGGGGAAUGCAGAACACGGUAUCAAUAGACAAUCAGAUGCGGCAUCUGGUGUAUCUGAUUGAGAAUGCUGUGUUCAACCUUCCGGAGGGCCAAGAACAAAUGGCGUGGCUGAUAGACUUCACAGGGUGGACGCUAAGUACUACCGUGCCUGUGAAAUCGGCUCGAGACACCAUCAACAUUUUACAGAACCACUACCCUGAGAGACUAGCAGUAGCAUUUCUCUACAAUCCCCCACGCAUUUUCGAAGCAUUUUGGAAGAUUGUCAAGUAUUUCUUGGACAACAAGACAUUCCACAAGGUUAAGUUUGUUUACCCGAAGAACAAAGAAAGCGUGGAGCUUAUGAAACAAUGUUUCGACGAGGAAAAUCUCCCUAUUGAGUUUGGAGGACCAGCCAUACUAAACUAUGAUCACGAGGUAUUCUCGAAACUAAUGAAUCAAGAUGAUGUGAAAUCAGCUGCAUUUUGGUGCCCCGAUGACAAACCACCACAUUGGGCUAAUGGGCGUUCUGGAGCCGAGGUGGUUCCAGAGCCAGUGAGCCUUGCACCGGCAGCCAGCUGAGUCUCCCGCCCCUACUCUCAGCGCAUGAUCGUGAUUAAGCACCGGAAUCCUCCAUAGCAGGAGCUGAUAACCCUAAAGUAUAUGAGAAUAAGUGAGACGGACUAACUGGUUGAGAUGUUGCUGUAAGCCUGCAAGCUACGAUCCAGUGAGAGAUUACCUUGCAGGCACCUGAGAGUGCCCUAGUGAGAGAUUACCUUAAUACUAAACAUGUUUAGUGACUACAUUAUCAUUAAGAAAACAAAUUAGCAUUCUGAUAUC